UUGAAAUAUAAAUAAACAUUGAUGAGUGUUUGAUAACCAUUUUUAAAAGUUAUUUAAAAAAAAUCAGAUUUUAAUUAGCUGAAAGGAGACUUACUUUAAAAUGAGUUCAGUAGUUCCUAGAAGAAGAUGUGAUUAUAAAGGUUGUACAGAAUUCAGGGACAAGUUUAAUUUAAACCAAAAUGUAAAAUUUUUUAGUUUUCCUUCGGAUUUAGAAAGAAAAAAAAAAUGGUUAGAACUUUCUCAAACGGAAUCGCAAAAUCCUAAAUUUAUUUGUUCGAAACAUUUUGCAGACAUAUAUUUAUCUUAUAGCCAAAGACGUGUUCACUUAGUAACAUCAGCGCUACCGAUCGAUUAUAAUACAGUCAACUCCAUAUAUGUAAAUGUCGAAAAUAGCAACAAUGUACAACAAGACGAACAUAAAGAAGAGAAAAAUACGGUGGAUGAAUUUAUAGAUAAUACUUUGUGUUUCGCUGAAGUUGAAUCUACACCAAUAAAUUAUAAUGAAGAAAAACCAAUUGAAAAUAAUCAACCGCAAACGAAAAUAUUAAAUUCUCUUGUCCCAAUUUCAUUUAAAGAAAGAAAAAUCGAAAUUUCGCCAAUUUCUACUGAAUCUAAAAAGGCAGUUAAUUCUAAAAAAAUCAAAUUAGUAAAACUCGAUAAUACUAAAAUUAAGCGUUUCUAUAAAGCUAACACUCUUAUUAAACAAGAAUCUAGAGAUAAGAAUACAAUAAUAGAAAUUCAAAACGUAAAUACUGAUAAACAUUCAGAAAAUGGAAUGAAUAAAAAGACUGAAAAAGUAAGAACCGUUCUAUUGGAUGGUGAAGAGUAUAUUCAAAUGCCGAAAUCACUAUACAUAAAGGAAAGAAUGGAUUUAUUGAAUCAAAUUGAAAAUUAUAAAAGUAUUUUAAAAGAUUUUAAGUACAAAUUAGAAGAUUUAAGCUUUAUUUAAAAUUGCUUAUAAUCAUGAAAAUUUUACAUUAGAAAUUUUACAAAAAAACUAAUUGUAUGUAUAAAUAGUAAUUUUAUCUUGUAAGAAAACCUCUGUAAUUUUAAUGUUUGAUUU